AUGUCUUCAAUUCCUCAACUUAACAAUAUCACCGGGGUCAAGGCUGACCCAAGAUUUUUAAAAGAUCCCUCGGCGUUAGAGUCCAUUUCUUCAGCUUUAUAUGGACUUUCUUCAUAUUUACCUACUUCGAUUACUUCACUACGUAAAGCUACGCCUGACCAUAAUGCUUAUCAGCACCCAUUAAAUCAUCAAUAUUCAGAUUAUUUACCACAGCAGUUUGCUAGCGAUACAGAUCCACAAAAUCAUUCAGUUACUGAUGGGAAGUUUGAAAAAAAAAAAAAGGAUGUUAUAGUAUAUGCUGGUUUUGAUGAAAUCGUCUUUGCAUCUUCUAACAAACCUAACGCAUCAGUAAGUCAAUCUGUUCUUAUGUUAGGUUAUCCUGAUGGAUUUCAGAUAUGGAAUGUAUCAAGUGUGGAUAAUAUCCACGAACUCAUAUCUAUAAGAGACGAAGAAAAGCUCGGUGAAGUCACGUAUAUAAAGUCUAUACCGAAUCCACAUUAUACUUCGGAACAUGUUCGUGAUAAAUUUGCAGAAGCUCGGCCGCUAGUUGGUUUAGUCUCGACAUCGACUUCAACACGUGAAAAUGGACUUCAAGAACCAUUUUCAAAACCAAAAAGUUCGUUAAAAUUUUAUUCAUUAAAGACACAUCAAGUUGUGCAUACUUUAGACUUCGAGAAUGAAGGAAAUAUCGUUGGUGUAAGAUGUAACGAACGAGCGAUUGUUAUCGGUAUGAACACUCCUGCAAAACUACAUAUAAUAUCACCCUUGACACUGGCUCCCCUAUUUAAAUCACCAUUACAUGAUGUCGCGCUUCAUCCAUCGAAUCGAGCUCCAGUUUUUACAUUGGGACCCAGGUUGUUGGCAUAUGCAACAACUAGUCAGCCGCUUGAAUCUGAUGGUAAGAAGGAUGGCGACUAUAGAGAUGGUGAUGAUUUAAUCGGUGGUUCUUCAGCUAAAUAUCAAGAUGUUGCUAAGGGAGUUGCAAAGGAAGUCGUGAAUGGUGUAAAAUUUCUGGGGGAUUAUGGAUAUCAGACACUUUCAGCCUACUUUGCGAAUGCGUCAAACUCACAAUCUAUAACAAAAAUAAAGCAAUCUUCUUCCAUGCCAAUCAAUAUUCCUUCACCUAGUCCAUCUAAUGGUUAUUAUUAUAAUUCGAGAACUGGUAGCGUUGGUAGCAAUAGCAGUGAUAAUAGCAAUGGUUUUAUCGCUACGGUUAACAACGGAAUUGAAAUUGACAAAGAUGACGGAACCAAAGGAGCAAUAAUUAUUCGUGACAUUGGCGCACCGUCUGGUUCUAAGGAACCUUCAAUUGUUGCACACUUUGCCCCACAUACCCAUCACGUUGGACAAUUAUCAUUUAACCCUUCCGGUACCUUAUUAUUUUCAACUUCUGUUCAAGGUAGCAAAUUUCAUGUCUUUGAGAUUCUUGGUAAGCAUCGCCGAGAUAGAAAUCACAAAAGCACGAAACAUAUGUAUAUAUUAUCACGAGGUUAUACUUAUGCUAGUGUAGGUGAAGGUGGCGUUGGAUGGAGUGGGGAUUCCAGGUGGUGUGCUGUAGCUAGUGGUAAAGGAACGAUUCACAUAUUUGCAAUAAAUCCUUAUGGAGGACCUUCUCAUAUACCCUCUCAUAUAUCGGGUUUUGUUAAAAAUGUUGACGAACCGUAUAGUUCGAUUACACAAUCUCCAGUUGUGCGAAUUAAGCCACGUACCCCUUUACCACCGGAUCCAAUUGAUGUAGCUGCUAGCGGAUCUUCACAAAAUUCAAAUAAUAUGUUUCCUAUGAAUCCUCAUGAAUAUUAUUCAUUCCCACCUCCUGAAUCAAAUGUUUCUUCCACAACUACUAGUCCUUCACGUCAUCUCAGUCCAUUGCCUUAUUAUAACAAUAUUAAUAAUAUGUCUUCUCAUCAUCAUCUUAAUGGACAAUCAAAUCUAUCAUUUCCUAACGGAUUUCCUAUGAAUUCUUUCUAUCUUAUGAGGAAGCCCCCGGGAAUGUGCAUUAAAUUUCUUCCUUCAUUAUCUGAUAAUUCUAAAACAGCUAAUCAUGAUGGACUUUUAUUUGCUAAUUUAAAAGCAAAAAGGCAAGCCAAAAGAACAUCCAUUAAUUAUGAUGGAAAAGCGUCUGCAAAUUCUCAUAACAAAAGUGGACGAAGAAGAACUCGAUCAUGGUCUCAGAAUUAUAUGCCGGCUGCCAAUAAUUCCGGUCGCCAAUAUCUUGAAGUGGAAGAUUUAGAAUCUAAACAAGAAGAUAUUGGGUAUCAGGAUGUAUUAAGUUUUCAUCCAGCUGGUGUUUUAACUUUGCAUAGAAUAUGGAUGGAAGGAGUUGUGGUCGGAGAACAAAAUUCCUCCUCACGUCAAGGAGAUAGUCAAGAAUCGAACAAUUUAAUUACAAUGGCUGGUACACCUUUGGCUGGUAGUGCAGCUGCUGUAGCAAAUGUUGGUAGAGUGUUGGUUGGUGGGGCAACGACUGUUGUAGGAAUGGGAAGGGGGAUUACAGGAGUCACAAGAAAGGAAGCUGGCACUUUAGAUAUGAUUACGAAUUAUGAAGAUGUUGCUGAAUGGCAAAUUUUACGUGGUAAUAAUUGGGCCGAGGUUAAAAAUGUUCUUGAAGCACCGAGACAUUCUGAUACAUUGGCUAAAAGAGAUGGCAAUAAUAAUAAAUGGUUGGCGAAUGCUGAAAUUUCCACACAUACUAGCUCUAGAAGUUCAUUGCCACCACCUUUGUGGGCUAGUCCUCAAUUCACCUUUCAAACAUUUUUAACCGGUCAUUUGGAAACCAUUCGUAAAGGUGAAAUACCACGUUCGAGGAAAAUUGAAGUUCGAAGGGACAUAGUUGAACGUGUCGAAAUGGUAGAUGAAGUUGCUAGUGAUACAAGUUCUUUGGAGGUAAAUGGGUGGGUAAAUAACGGAGAGGGCAAUUAUGAUGUGCGCGGUCAAGGUAGAACAAGUAAGGCUGUCCUUAUCCAGGCUGGUAAAGCUAUUGGGAAAGGUGGCGAUAUAUCUGAGAGUCUAUCAUCUGCCAUGCGUACUUCUCUCGAUUUUUCACCAUCUAGUCCAACAUUGAGUGCUGUUAGCACAAAAACUAAAGAUCGUACGUCAAAUGGUUUCACUAACGGACAUGCGCAAACAAAUUCAGGAGACUUAUCAAUUACACCAUUAUCGUUUGAGGACGCAUAUCACAUUCAUAUUGCCAAUAAUAUCCCUACCAAAACCGCUAAUAACAAUAUCAAUCCUUAUAUGUCAUCGACUGUAUUAAAAUCAUCCAAGUUAAACAACGCUAAUAUUUCUCCAAAUAUCUUAGCGAGUAAUGCUACAAUUACUCCACAUACGCUAUCGUUUACAAGAUCCACUUCUUCUUCUUCAUCGGUAAACACAUCUGAAACCACUUUUAGCGAAGUUGAAACUUUCACUAAGGGAAUCGAACAAAAUACAGAAGACUUUAUAAGUGAAGAAGGAAAUUUCUUUUUUUCACCAGAUGGUGAUAACGAAGUUGAAUUACCAAGUAAUAGUGUGAUUGAAUUGCAACGCGGUGGUAGAGACGUAGGUGGUGAUAACGGCAUUGGGGAUCUUGUUUUUAAUUUUGGGUCGGGAUUAGAAUGA